AUGAAUGAAGAAGACCACGCCGAUGAUUAUGAAAAGCGAUAUCCUGAAGACCCUCCAGGAUCAGAGUGCAGCCCUACAGCCAGAGUAUGGCGUAUGUUCAUUGACGAAUGUCAAUCAUUUGAUGCAGAGAGGAUAGGCGGGUUGAAGGAAAAUGUAGAAGUUCUUCUGGUUUUUGCCGGACUGUUCUCUGCAGUAGUCGCAACUUUCGUGGCACAGACGUCGCAAAAUCUGCAGGCAGACUAUUCAGAAAUAUCUGCUUUGUUGUUAUUUGAAAUGGUCAACAUUCAACGUGCCAUCAUCAACGGUGUUGCUAUCAGCACUGUUCCUGCUUCACCACUGAAUCCUAACAGCCUCUUUAUCCCUACUACGUCUGACAUUUGGGUAAAUGGUUUGUGGUUUGUAAGCCUUUCCCUCAGUUUAAUCACCGCUCUUGUCGCGGUUCUGGCAAAGCAGUGGAUACGGCAGCACAUGCUACCGUCCUCAGGAACUCCACGAGAUCGAUGUAGGAUUCGCCAAUUUCGCUACGUAGGUUUUGAGGCAUGGCAUGUCCCAUUGAUUGUUGGAAUUCUUCCAUUCUUGUUACACAUUUCACUCGCAGUCUUCCUUGCCGGAUUGGUCGUCUUCCUCAUGGCUCUG